AUGCAUCUUCUCGAUCUCCCAACCGAAAUCCUGCAGUCAUGCCUUCUUUAUCUGAGCCCCAAGGACCUGGUUGCGUGUAUCGCUACAGGAAAUCAACGGCUGAAGAAAAUAAUUGUUUUUUCCAUUCAAAUCACCUACCAAACACAGCUCGACCUGGCCGGCCUCGAGGAAGAAUGUGAGGCACCGGAAAGCACGUCUACAGCUCAGCGCAUAAAGCAACUCGCAAUACGCGAACGCGGCUGGAUGGGACUCAUGCCCACCAAAUUCACACCGAUUCUCUUAAAUGCCACUCAGGCUGGGAGUGUCAAGAUAUACGAGUUGAUUGCGGAUGGAGUUGUUAUUGGGGAUAGCCUAUCGGCAAAUGUAAACCCGCCGCCUGCUCCACAAUCUACCUCAACAGUAACCCGGCUCAAGUAUCUCUCAACUACGAUGGGCUCCGAGGAUCCAGCUGAGUGGCGCGUAUUGUUUACGGGAAAGCCGUUAAUCGAUUUUGUCGUUGCCGAUGACGAGAACGAUUUGCUGGUGGUAAUUACCUACAUUCCGCAUCCCAACAAUCCAUCGCAAAUUGCUGUUGGCGUCGAGUUAUUGCAAUUUUCCACCGGUCAGCGGCAUCCUGGCGCAGCUGUGCCUUCCAUAACCAUCUGUGAUGUCCACGAAGACUGUCCUGUUGAAUCCCGGACGCAGGUUGUUGGAGGCAUGAUUGCUCUUUGGCUCUACACCGACGAAACAAGUUGUGCUUUCAUGCGGUUGUUUGAUUGGCACACAGGCCAACAGCUCAUUCAACCUUUCGUAUGCGGCUCCAUUGCCGGUGUCUUCUUGACCUCCAGCAUCGUUGCCAUACCCAACACAGACCGUAAUACCCUGGAUGUUAUUAGCCUGCCUGAGCUUCCAUCCAUCCAGGACUCUGCAGCGCCAUGCAUAUUACCAUCCAAUAUCGUUUCUUUCCAUCUACCUCCACUCAAAACGGGUCUAGGGAUCAUCGGCGGAACAUUCAAUGCAACCUUCCAGCCCUUUCCUUGCUCUCCGAGCCCCCCCACGUAUCGUAGCAUCAAAAGAAUCAAGGGCAAGGUUGAAGAUUACCUUGGGCCUCCCGUCCAGUUUCACUCCCUCCACGAAGAGUCUCUCAUUCUGUUUUCCUAUGCCACUGGGUCGGAUGUGCUCGACGACGAUGAAGACGACCCAUUGGAGAGACUUCAUGGAUUUGUUGUUCGCCGAACGGCAUUGCUGGCCAUUCUCGAAAUCAAUCAACCAUGGCUUAAUUCCAUGCAUGACACCCACGGACGGAGAGAACUCGCACCUGCCCUUUGGCUGCCUUAUUGUACCCGAUUCCUGGAUCUGGAGCUCAUGCCGCUGGAAUUCAUGUCGUGCUGGGGCCAGCGACUUGUCUGCGUACCUCGCCCCCCAGCAGACGCGGAGGAAGAAUGGACCGGCGCGCCGCUGACCGUCCUCGACUUUAACCGGUGGAAUAUCCGACGUGUCAGAAAAGAGGCCGCCCCUUGGUCGCGCCCUUCCAGCGAUAAUACCAGUGAAACCAGCGGCCACUUGAACGACACAAGUUCACACCCAACGGGCCCGGGUAUGAUUCCCAUCAUCGGCAGCGCCGACGGCGCUUUUGAGCUCCUGACCGGGGCCACGCUGCGGAUUGUUGGACGCACAACUCGCGGGGGGGUGCCAGCAUCGGAUCAGCCGCCGGCCAUAUCAUACAAUUCAUUUUCCGCCUUUACAGAGCCUCCGGUCCUCUCUGACCUCGAGUACAUCGAGAUAACCUCAGACGAAAAGCGCAUCUUCCACCAGGUACAUAUGAACGAGAACAAUGUUCUUGGGGUUUUGUUCAAUGAAGGCAGCGUCGAGGCGAUCUUGUCGACCUUCACACGCGCCGCGCUGAAACGCGAAUCCCCCCAAAUUGAAGAACGUGCACCAGACGCUUGUCGUCUCCAUCCCCUUGCUUUUUACCCCCGACUCAUUAUCGUGCACUCUUGCAUUCGACAAUGUCUGGACAAGUCGACUUGUUCGAUUGCUGUAUCUCUUGCUGUCUCUGUUGCUCGCUCUGCAGUCGCAGCACGGAGUCCAAUUGCUGUUUACGCCACGUCCUCAAUCUAUGUAGUCCCGGACACCUGGUGCACCCGUCUGCGACUGGGCGACACUUCUGCGGCUGAAGCGGCAGCUGCUGAGCGUGACCAAGAGGCUGCGCUGUGGCAGGGGGACAGCCCGUCACCAGGAGGGAGUGUCGGUCAGCAGCCACAACGGACACCGCAGAUGGAGAUGACUGAUCGUGGAGAGGGACGGAGGAGUGUCACGGCUGGGGCCGGGCCCGGGCCGGGACGGAAUAUCCGUGACAAGGCGAUGAUUAUGGGUGACGACUAA